CUACCACUGCCACACAGACAGACAGGCAGCCGGGCAAGCAAUGGCGCUCAUGGAGGAGGAGGAGGAGAUCGACAGUCUGACACUGGGUCAUCAUGGCAGGAUAAAGAAAGGGGGAACAGCCUCGUCUUCUUUUGUCCUUGUCCUCCUUUCCAUUCUUACCACUCGUCCAUAACUUCGAGCAUUCUACACUACUCUACCUGACCAGACAUCAUGGCACCCAUCGCCACCGCUCCACCUGUACACCACUUUAGCAAUGCCGAUGACCUCGGCGUCAAAGGCCAGGCCUCCGCAGCCGCCUCAGGUCGAGCACCUCCUCCACCUGGAGCCAAAGUCCCCUCGCUGGCUAACGUCCUUACUUCUGGCCAGUACGACAUCGACGAGUCUGUCCUGACUCCUUACGAAGAUCUGCCCAAGAAAAUCGAGGGUCCGACGGUCUGGACGAAGGAAGAGUAUGGCAAGGAGGAGAACAAGGAGAAGUGGGUCCGACGCUGGACGGACGAGGAGAUUGAGCAAUUCGAAAAGGCCGCACAGGACUGGGUUGCCAGUGGACGUCCCCAUGAACAGAUCGAGAGGUCCACCAUCGACCUGCCCAUCUCCCUCCAGGCUACUUUGCUCUCUCUGCGACACAAGAUCCUUCACGGCCCUGGCUUCUACGUCUUCAAGGGUUUCCCUGUCCGAAAGUGGCCCAUCGAAGUCACCGCAGCCGCCUAUCUCAUGGUUGGCGCCUACCUAGGCAACGCCGUCUCACAAAAUGGCAAAGGUCACCUGCUAGGUCACGUCAAGGACAUUGAAGGGUCCAACUUCACUGGGAACAACAUCGACAAGAUUCGAAUCUACCGUACCAGCGCAAGGCAACACUUCCACGUCGACUCGUCUGGUGGCCUGAUCGGUCUCUGCUGUCUGCACCGCUCCCUCGAGGGAGGCGAGUCGGACGCCGUGUCGAGCCACAAUCUCUGGAACCACCUGCAGGAGCAUCGACCCGAUGUUGCCCGUACACUCGCUGAACCCAUCUGGUACUUUGAUCGAAAAGGUGAAGAGACUCCCGGGAUUGGACAGAAGCCCUACUACAAGCGAGCUAUCGUUUCCCUGGUCAAGGGGGAGCCAAGCAACCGUCUAGUGACGAACAUUGACCCUUACUACAUCAAGUCCACUACGCGCUUCAUCGAGUCUGGUCAGAUCCCUCCUGUCUCUGAGAAGCAGCAAGAGGCAAUGAAGGUCCUAGAGGAGACGGCCCAGUCCCUUGCACUGCACAUGAUCCUCGAAGUGGGAGACUUGCAGUUUGUGAGCGAUACCCAUGUCUUGCAUGCGCGAACGGCAUACAAGGAUCAUGAGCCCCCUCACCCUAGGCGUCAUCUGCUCAGACUGUGGCUUAGUACGCCUGAUACCGAGGGUGGGUGGAAGAUCCCUUUCCCUGACUCCAGUCACCCUAAGAGGGGUGGGAUCCAGGUGGGCAACCAAAGAGGGACUUGCCCAUUGGACGCCGAGUAGGCACAACUCAAAGGGAGGGGCUUGUCGGGAUCCUGUGACGGAGCGCGAGCAGUGCGAGUCUUCUUGUUCCUUGUGCUUAUGAUAAUACAAAACGCCAUACUA